UCGAGUCGAAUCCAUCAUCAUCGAGCUUCCGGUUUCCAUCUCGAGCGACAGGCAGCAGACGUCUGCAUCUCCAGGGCCGACGUCCAAGCCACCGAAAGCUUCGAGGAGGAAGAGAUCGGUCUCCAAAUUGUCGGGAAGCUUCGGACCAUGGGAGGCAACUCGAAGACCACCUCUGUUGUCGUCGAUGCCAGAAUAGCAUCGGCACCUGAAGAUCGCAAACCCACGUCCAGCAAAGGCAGCAGCAGCAGAAACAAACCCUCCGCCGCUGCCUUGUUCCCUGGAAGAGGAGACGCCGGACGACAGCCGCGUGUGGCUGAGCUCAAGGCGAGGAGAGCAAAGCGCUUAGCAGCGGAGGAGGAGGAGGAGGAGGAGGACAUCAACGAGGUAGCCGAUGCCUUCAUCAGGCGAUUCAGGGAGGACCUCCACCUGCAGCGCCUGCAGUCCAUCGAGAACUACAACCAGAUGCUCGCUAGGGGGCUGUGACCGUCCUUGCUGACUGCAGUGUGCUCUGUGCGCCGAUGAAUCAACUGCAUGCAGCACAAAUUUGUCUGUUCUCUUUCCUUUUCGUGUGCUUUCAGUUUGAUCCUUUGUAAGUUCAUUGUGCGUCGGGUGUCGGAGCAUGUGCUUUUAGCUUAGCCUGCGUUAAGUUCAUAUAUGAUCAAUGCAGCCUUUCGUUUCUAGUGACAGAAAAUUGUAUUUGAUCUA